GGCAAAGGCAUCCGCGCUAGCAAGUCAUCUCACGCAGACCCGCCGGUCGCACCAACCCCCAGCGCGGAACGAACUUCUAGAAGCUUCCGGAAGCCAUGGCCACCGCACCCGCGACCCCCGCCGCUGCCCCAGCCGCCGCGCCCGCUGCCGCUGCCGUCCCCGCCUCGUCGGUGCCGCGCGGGCAGGUGGAUCUGGUCGACUUCAUCGACUGGACCGGCGUCGAGUGCCUCAACCAGGACCCCUCCCACAGCAUCGCCAACGCCCUCAAGCAGGGUUACAGGGAGGACGAGGGACUGUACCUCGCCAGCGAUUCGGACGAGCAGCUGUUGAUCUACAUUCCCUUCAUGCAGGUUAUCAAGCUGCAUUCCGCGCUCUUCCAAGGCCCUGAGGAAGAAGGCCCCAAAACAGUUAAACUCUUCUCCAACAAAGAGCAUAUGGGUUUCAGCAAUGUCAAUGACUAUCCACCAAGCGACAGUGUUGAUCUAUCCUCUAGCCAUUUAGUAGAGAAUAAGCCUGUUACGCUGAAGUAUGUCAAGUUCCAGAAUGUUCGCAGCCUUACUAUGUUUAUUGAAGACAACCAAAGUGGAGGCGACAUCACAAAAAUUCAGAAGAUCGCGCUUUAUGGAACCACUGUGGACACAACAAAUAUGAAGGACCUGAAGAAGAUAGAAGAGCAUUAGUGCGUUGCGUUCCACUGUGGUGUGUGGCAUACUAGAAACAGCUUAACUGUUGAAGAAAUUCCGGUCUUGGCAAACUUUGUGCCCCCAUUUUAUACAUGCGGUAUUUAACAGCCUCAGUCUCAGGUGGAGACGGUGGAGCAAUUGCCUUAUUCUGGGCUUGUGUGACAAAACGAAACGAUGUUUCCUCUUCAGAAAAUUCAUAUUAAUCUCCAUCUGGGGAGCUCGUUUAACUUGUGGUGAAAAA